CUUAAACAAUUUCAACGUAAAUCACACACUGUUUUGCCUAUCCCUCUUUAACCUAAGAAAAUAUGCAAUGCAUUUUGAUUUGUAAAAAAACGAAAAGUCGUGAAGAAUAUAAAACUUAAAACAAUGCCGUGCUUAGUUUAUCAUAACAAACUUAUUAAAUAGAGACAAAAGUUAUCUAAAAACAAAGAGUGUUGUGCGUAUUUGUAGAUAGUUAAAAUAUAUAGAAAAAAAUAUGAAGUCAUCUUUAUUCCCUGUGAAAUCUUUAUGCAACAACAACAAAAAAUCAACUCGUAGAUAAAUUCAUAUCAUCCUGCCAAGGAAGAUAUUUUACGCUAAAAAAAUAAGAUACAAAUUGUAACCAUGAAAAUAAUGCGUUUGAGGCAUGCAAAACUUAUUAUUAUCCUGAUAGUAUUAGCGAACCUGGUGCUCUUCUAUUACACUUGGAAAUCGGUCCUUUGGAAAUCCAUCGUAGAUCCUGGUGAUGAAAGUGGAAAUAAUCAAUUGCAAAAAUCAAAAACACCCCAAACAGCAAAGGAUAAAAUAAAAACCGCCAACAAACACAUUCGCAAGUCGAUAACUAUUGUUUUCAGGACCUUUUACACAUUUGAGAAUGAUAUCAAGGCAUCCAUUGACAGCAUCUUGGAAAUAGUCCCCAAUAUUCCGAUUCUUGUUGUGCAAGACACGCUGCCAUAUCCUCCGGUGACUUAUGAGACAAAUCUUACCGAACCGAGCACUGUGCGUUUUCUAAAUUUAGGAUUUGAUAUACAAAAGUCAUCGAAGGAAAUGAAUCCUUUGCUGGCCAUCAAAACUAAAUAUGUCCUUUUUAUGCCCGAUAGUGUUCGGUUGAACAAUAAGAACUUACUUCAAAAAAUCCUUAAAGAAAUCAAUAAUAGCCACAGAGAACAGGUUGAUGGGGUUGGCAAGGUUGGAGUAGGCGGCGGUGGCGGUGGCGGUGGAAAUGGUGGUGGUGGAAUUGUUGAUAGCGAUGACAUUGUUCGGAGGGUGGUUAUUGUUCCCUUUGCUGGUAAUAUUAAGUCCUUUAGCAGCUGCACACAGGUGAAUUUGGAUUUGCCUAAUUGGACGAUACAGUAUAUAGCGGUGAAUAGUAGUGAUAAGUGUGACUUGUAUUUGCAAAAGCAUGCGAUUUUGGUAGACACCGGAGUUUUGCGAGAGAUGCCAGACCCAUUUGGGUCUCCGUUUCCAGAGCUGUUUUAUAUUCAAGCAAAAGCUGCAAAAAUUGAAAAAACCAUCUUUCCCAACGCAUUUCAAGAUGGAAGACGUCUUUUCGCCUCCUAUCACACCAAACAACGUCGCAUGGAAAAUCGUCGACGACAAUUCAAGGAAAUGUACAAGAAAUUACAAAUCAAGCGAAUCGUUAAGAGAUCUCAUAAGAUCACAUCGAAGACUGAUCUCAAGGAAUCCUUAGGCCCUUCGCAUAAUCUUGUUUUGGAUGGACAAUUUUCAUCGUCGAACUUCUCGUUGCCACAAGCGACUGAAAUCGAUUUAAUUGGUUGUGAGAGGACAUCGAAAUCGUGUGUUGGGCCAGUUUAUAACAUGAAGCCGUUUUAUGUGUACCUCAACAAACAUACCCCACCUUGCUGUUUGGACAAACUCAAGACAACAUUCAAUCAUGUCUUGGAGGAAUUCGAAAACGUUGGCAUUCGCUAUUGGCUCGAUAAUUAUGCUCUCAAGACGGCUAUUGAAACCAACAAUCUUUCGCCGGAUGCCUAUGAUAUCGAUAUAAGUUUCAACGUUUUCGACUUGGAGCGAUCGAACUCGCUGAAAAAAUCCCAGACAAAGCCAUUCAUAGACAACGAAGGCUUUUACUGGAUGAAAGCCACUGACGGUCAUUACUUUCGCGUACAAUUUUCAAAGAUCAAUCAAAUCGGACUUAAUCUAUUACCAUUCGAAAUCUCCGGAAAUAUAGUGAAGCCAAAUGCAUUUUUUGGCUGGAAGGCAAAGGAGUUUUCCGGUGAUUACUUGCAUCCUAUGUCGACUGUAUUAUUCCUCGGUAAAAAUAUUCAGUGCCCAAAUAAUGUGAGGGAAUAUUUAGAAUUUAAAAAUAUUAAGUGAAUCACAGUUGGUUGUAUUUAAAUGAAAACAAAAAAAUAUUAUUAUUAAAUGCCGAAUAACAGAAUACAUAACUUUCAACAACAAAUACACAAUUCGUGAUGUGUGAUAUAUUUUUAAAAAAUGCAUUUUUAGGUGUUGUAUCUUGGAAAUAUAUGUUGAACACUCUUUUACUUUACUCUCUGUAAUACUUUUAUUACUUUUAGUAAUUAAAAUGUUUAGUUUAAGUUAGUUUAAGUGAAAAAAAUAUUAUCUGUGCUUUAUUUGUUAAAUUUUAUUGUAUGAAAAAUAAAUAAGGCAACUGAUAGUCACAGUUCACAUCACAGAAGAGUCAAAAAAGUUCUGUAUUAAAAAAUUAUGGAACGAAAGAUCCAUGGCUCAUUAAAUUAUGUAAACAAGAAUUUUUUAAAUUAAUUUUUAUUCAUUUUCGAAAAAGUUUUAGUAAAUUUGUCAAAUAAUUGAUAUUAGCUAAAAGGGUGAGAACGGUGACUAUUGGAAAUUUGCUCCCUCUCUCUUUCUCUUA